CCGACUUCACCUUUACUGCCCCGCGUAAUACGAUUACUGCUUAACGUCAUGAGCAUUUGCUCAAGCCGAGAGAGAGAGAGAGCGUCUGAAUUUCAACGAGUAGUUGAUUUCUGUAAGCUAUGUGCUGUGCGCAGCAGAGUUUCGAUGCUUGAUAUUCGUGCUUGCCAACAGAAAUAUACUAACGCGUACAAUAGUAGUUAUUUCUGGCCACCGAGUUUCCCUUUUAAGUGUAGGCGAGAGACAGGGGGCGGUCGAGGGCUGAUGUGCUUGUGUGAGGAUGUGUUCUAGUGUCAGUUGGCUUCUGUGACAAUCGGAAUAGGAUUUGGGUGCUUUUGGAGACAACAUGGUGGGCAGGCAAUAACAUUUGACAGAAGAUGCGACGGGGGCCUUGUCUCUUCAGAUGGCUGGGGAUAAGCAUGGCGCUCCUCUCUCUGACCACCUACAGCUGGGCCCAGAAAACAGAAGACUGGCAGUAUGAGGAAUGUAAACUGUCUCGGUCAGGCCCCCCUGCUACCAUAGUGACCAUCGAUGAAGAGAGCCCCAAUGGCACAGUUCUGGUGGAGAAUAUGCAGAUCAACGGGAGAGCAGAGGACCCAGACAGGACCAUCUCUCUGAUCCUGCUUGACAACUAUGCCUACUGGGUCAUCCUGGAUCCCCUCAGACAGAGACUGUUCCUCAACAGCACCGGACGUGUGCUGGACAGAGAUCCCCCUUCCUCUAUCACUACAAUCGUGGUGAAGGUCCAGUGCACCAGUGAGCUGGUUGGGACAGUGAUUCUUCACGAGGUCCGGAUUGUAGUCAGGGACAAAAAUGACAACACACCUCGCUUUCAGCAGCCACGCUACUAUGUGGCCGUCAACGAGCUCACUCCUGCCGGGACCACCAUAUUCACAGGCUUCAGUGGAGACAAUGGGGCCACAGACAUCGAUGACGGGCCCAACGGACAGAUAGAAUAUGGCAUCCAGUACAACCCCAAUGACCCAGUGUCUAAUACAACUGUGGUUGUAGGGAAUACUCUCUCUGGAAACAUUGUUCUGGCUGAGAGACUAAACUACGAAGAGAAAACACGCUACCUGGUCAUUGUUAAAGCCAAUGACCGUGCCCCGUACGAUGCCAAUAGGCGGACCGCUACGACCACAUUGACAAUAGAUGUUCUGGAUGGAGAUGACCUGGGCCCCAUGUUCCUGCCCUGUGUCCUGGUCAACAACACCCACGACUGCAACCCAGUCACCUACCGAGUCACCAUACCAGAAUUCACCAAACCGAGUGAACUGAACCCGCUGGGGGUGACCCCACCUAUUCAAGCUGUGGACAUGGACAGGAACAUUCAGCCCCCAUCUAAAAGGCCAGGGAUCCAUUACUACAUACUGGUUGGCCAGCCCUCAAAGUACCCAGACUACUUCUCCCUGAACAAGACGACCGCAGAGCUCCUCCUCUUGAAACCAGUCAGCAGAGACCUGUACACCAAAUUUACCCUCAUCAUCAAAGCUGAGCAGGACAAUGGCCACCCACUCCCAGCAUACGCUGAACUGAUCAUUGAUGUCCUGGAUGAGAACAACCAGGCUCCGUACUUCCAGUUCCAGUCCUACCAGGGAUACGUCAGUGAGUCCUCCCCAGUAGGCACCACCAUCUCUGCCAGCUCCAACCUCACUGCCCCCUUGGGCAUAAUCGCCCUGGACAAAGACAUUGAAGAGAGCAAAGACCCUCUGGUGACGGUGACUCUGGAUGACUUCAGCACCAGCUUUGCCAUAACCCCGACCGGGAUCACCCGCUACCUCCGACUGCUCAAACCUGUGGACAGAGAGAAGCAGAUGACCUACACCUUCACGAUGAUGGCAUCAGAUGGGGUACAGGAGAGCACGCGGGUGACUGUCAACAUCCUGGUGAUUGACGCCAAUGACAACACUCCCACCUUCGCUGAAGUCUCCUACAGCGUUAAGGUGUUCACUGACAUGCAGCAAGGAGAAACAGUACUACAGCUGAUGGCAUUGGAUGCUGAUGAGGGGUUAAACGGUCUGGUGACCUAUGAGAUCCUUGCCGGAGCGCAGGGUGUUUUCAUCAUCAAUAACCGCACUGGACGAAUCACCAUCGCACCCGGGAUAGCCCUUAGCGUGGGCCUUUCUUACGCCCUCACAGUGAAGGCUGCGGACAAUGCACCAGAGAUCCAGAGAAGGAGCUCUAUCACCACGGUGUACAUUGAGGUGCUGCCCCCCAACAACCAGAGCCCCCCACGAUUCCCCCUCUUCAUCUACAACCUGGAGGUCAGCGAGGCCAUGAGGAUAGGAGCCAUUCUGCUCAACCUACAGGCCACAGACAGAGAGAAUGACCCAAUCACAUACCAGAUUUUGAGUGGGGAUACCCAGCAAGUCUUCAACCUCUCUAAAACGAUAGGCCUGCUGCUUUUGGGGAAGCCUCUGGACAGGGAGACAACUGACCAGUACCGUCUCAUCGUCACUGCCUCUGAUGGCAACCCAGGCGGGACCUCCACCACCACAGUGAACAUAGUGGUGACUGAUGUAAAUGAUAACGACCCUAAAUUUGACCUGACCCUGCCCAGGAACCUCACUGUCCAGGAGGAGAAGGCCAACGUGUUUGUGGGUCAAGUCACGGCCACAGAUCCAGAUGCAGGGGAUAAUGGUCUGGUGCGCUACAAGAUAGUCAACCACCCAGGUCUUUUCACCAUCACUGAGAACGGCAACAUAUCCACCGUGGUGCCUCUGGACCGAGAGGUCAGGAGUCAGUAUGACCUCAUAGUGGAGGCCUCAGACGGAGCGGUGGACCCCCGCAGGACCAGCUUCACCCUCUCUGUCCAGGUGACAGACAUCGAUGACAACAGCCCAGAGUUUUCCCAGAAGACCUACGUGGUCAAUGUUCCAGAGAACAGCCCUGUGGGUACCGUGGUGCUGCGCCUCAGUGCGGUGGAUGCAGACCUGUUCUCUAACGUAACAUACCGUAUCAAAUCUGCGGAGGCCAGGAAGCUUUUCUCAGUGAACCCGAUCUCGGGCGAGCUGUUGGUCCUGCAGACGCUGGACUUUGAGGACCUGGCUAGUAUGGGCAUGGGGACCAACUAUACCUUCCAGGUGGAGGCCGUGGACCAGGCAGGGACAAUGCCCCCCGGCGAGGCCACCGUCACUGUUCGGAUCACGGAUAUGAAUGACUUCUCUCCGGUGUUUAGCCAAGCGCUGUACAAGGGCCUGGUGGCCCCCAACGCAGAGAAGGGAACGGUCAUCGCCACUGUGUUCGCUGAGGACCAAGACCCUCCUGGUACUCCAGCCAGUCUGGUGCGUUACAGAGUGGACGAGGACCAAUCACCUUACAGCGGUAGCAUCUUUGACGUGGAGAAGGGAUCUGGGAGGGUCAUCACCAGGGUCAACCUCAACGAACAGCCCAGCGUCACCUUCAAGUUGGUGGUGAUAGCAUUUGACGAUGGAGAGCCAGUGAAGGAGAACCGAACCCUGGUGGAGAUCACUGUCCUCCAGCCCUCCAGGAUCCCCAUCUUCACUCAGGAGGAGUACAGGUUUGCUCCUGUCAGUGAGCUGGCCCCAGUAGGCAGACCAGUGGGCAGCAUCCUGGCAGCCGCCAUGAACCAGACAAUCUUCUACUCCAUCGUGGGAGGAAACGAAGGCGGUGAGUUCCAAGUGAGUAACCAGACAGGUGUGAUCUCCACGGCUAAGCCUCUGGAUUAUGAGACUGUCACCAGCUACGUGCUCAGGGUUCAGGCUGACUCCAUGGUCGUGGUCAUGGCCCAACUGCGGGUUCCCUCUAAAUCCAACACAGCCAAGGUGUUUAUCGAGGUGCGGGAUGAGAACGACCACCCGCCUGUCUUCACCAGAAAGCUCUACAUCGGUGGCGUGGCUGAAGACGCCAAGACCUUCUCGUCUGUGCUGAAGAUAGUGGCCACUGAUGCAGAUACAGGGAACUACAGUGCCAAUGCGUACCGGCUGAUCAUCCCGCCCACGACAGACGGUCAGGACAGCUUUGUGAUCGAGCAGUACACGGGCAUCAUCAAGACGGCUAUCAUGUACCGCAACAUGCGCAGGUCCUACUUCAAGUUUGCAGUCAUCGCCACCGACAACUACGGAGAGGGCCUGAGCAGCAGCGCUGAUGUGGUGGUGUCUGUGGUCAACCAGCUGGAUAUGCAGGUGGUGGUGUCCAAUGUCCCGCCCACUGUCGUGGAGGAGAAUAAAGAGCAGCUUAUUGCUAUUCUGGAGCGAUACAUCCAGGACCAGAUCCCAGGAGCUAAGGUGGUGGUGGAAUCCAUUGGGCCGCGGCGGUUCGGAGAUGGCUUUGACCAGGAGGAUUACACCAAGUCAGACCUGAUGGUGUACGCCAUCGACCCACUGACCAACAGGGCCAUCUCACGUCAGGAGCUCUUUAAGUUUCUGGAUGGGAAGCUGCUGGAUAUCAACAAGGAGUUUCAGCCGUUCCUGGGUCAAGGAGGACGCAUCCUGGAGAUCCGUACGCCCGACAUUGUGGCCAGCGUGAAGAAGGCUGCCCAGGCUGUGGGCUACACAGAGGGGGCGUUGCUCGCCCUCGCCAUCAUCAUCAUCCUCUGCUGCAUCCCCGCCAUCCUCAUCAUCAUGGUCACCUACAAACAAUUCAAAGAGAGACAGGCGGAAUGUGCCAAGACUGCGAGGAUUCAGCAGGCUCUGCCAGCGAGCAAGGCUGCUGCUCCACGUGCCCCAACAGCCAAUAUCUACGGGGAACUAGGGGACAGCAGCACACUGCAGGCUAAAAGGUUUGAGAUCGAUGAAGCCGACCGCCAGAGACGCCUUAGCAGCUUCGCCUGUCGCGCCAACUCCUCCUGUGGCAACGGGUCGCUGCACAGCAUCCUGCCCAAGUCAGAGAGCAACGUCACCUUUCUGUCAGACCACCACCCCCUGACCACCACUAACCCUCUCUACGACGAAGAAGAAGACGGGAACUUCAGCAGCCCCUACGGGACAGCGAAAAGGGGCUCUUUCUCCCCCUCCCUCUCUGGAGGGUCCGGGAACGUCUGGACCAUGCGGACUCGUCUCCGUGGAGGGUCAGAGGGGUAUGAGUCGCUGAAGAGGCAGGCUCUGAUGGACCCGGCCCAGUGGGAGCUGCAGCUGCUCCAAGCUGGGAUGAAGGGUCAAGGAGGCCUAGAGGGUUAUGACGUCCAGAGCAGCCGCAGCACAGAGGAGAGCAAGCUGUCUGUCAGGGAGCAGGCCAGGCAGUAUGAACAGCAGGCCAUGCAGGAGAGGACCCCUAGGGGAGGGCGUGACUCCAGGGGUUCCCUGACCUCCCCUCCUUUACUGCGGAACCAAGACAACAUUGACAUGCUGGAGUUAAGCGCAGAGACCCUGUUCUCCAUUAUGGACAGCCCCUACAGCCCCCUGUCCAUAGGGAAGGAUGUUCCUCCCCGCAUCAUCAUCACACAGGGCGAAGGCUCUCCGCCCCUGGCCCAGAGGCCCACCCUGCCUGUCCUCAGGACCAGCAUCUCCAGCUACAUCACUGCAGAGCCCUGCGAGAUCACUGUGGAGAUCAUUCCUGACCCGCCUGAGAAUCCACCACCUCCCCCUCCUUCUCCUCAUUCUCCUCCACCUCCUUCUCCUCAUUGUCCUCCACCUCCUCCUCCUUCUCAAACACCUCAUUCUGGUCCUCCUCCUCCUCCUGCCUCAUCUCCUCCUCCUCCUCCCUCCUCAUCUCCUCCCCCUGCACCCUUCAAUCCUCACUUCAUUGAGCCUGAUCAUUCUCCCCCACCCUCCUUCCCUCCAUCUCCCCCUCCUGCUCGGAAUCAUGCUCCUCCGCCACCACCCCCACCCCUCCCGCCCCCUUUCUCCCCCACUUUCGAACGACCCCGCCACACCGUUCAGUUUGUCCCAACCUCCCUGCCACCAUUGUCCUCGCUCCGCCCUAUUUCCUCCCGGGCCCAUCCCCCUCCUCCUCACCCCCAACCCGAGGACGGUGUGAAGAGGAAGGAGCUAAAGGGGAUUCUGAAAAACCUGCAGAACCUCGCUGACAUUGAGAAGUCUGUUGCCAACCUCUACAGUCAAGUAGACAAGAAUCGCAAGGUGGCGCGAUUCGGCAAGAAACCCCAAGCAACCGAGGGACCAGAAGGAAUUCGGAGACAAAACAGAUCUGGGUCCCGUGAGGAACCAAACCAGCCAAACCUGACCAGCACAGAACAUGUGGUCCAACCAAACUCAACCACAAACACUAACUCCUCUGAUCUGGAAACAAGCCAACCAGGCACUAACAAUGUAACCUCAGAGGUCCAGGAGCCAAGCCAAUCAAACCAGUCAAAUACUGACUCUGUGAUUGAGGAACUAAGCAAUCACUUUCCAUCCCAAUCCACCCACUUCUGACUGGCUCACUACUCUCCUCCUUAGCUCUAUUUCCUAAAUCAUUUUCUUUCUUUCUACAUCUUUAUGUCUCAUGUCAUGAUCAUGCUGUGUUGUAUUGGAUAUUUUCUGUCUGAUGUUAUUGUAAGUGUUGUCAUCAACAACAUAGUUUCUUCCCCUAACAAACUUUUAUAAUGUUAUCACAACUAACAGCAAGUGGGCCCUUAGAUCCCGUAGCUUUUCAGAACCUCUUAAACUGAGGAUUAUUUUUAAAAAUAUUGUCAUGUUCCUUAGUUCAUAACACUUUGGCCUUUUCUAUGUCACCAACCAUCCUCUGUCUUCACCCCCUGUUCUACCACACAGAUUCCAUUAAAGUGUUCAAGGCUUGA